UUUCACAUCUUGAUACUAACAGCAUAACUUUCUGGGGUCAUUAAGUGGCUGAAUCUCUAUAUAUAUUGCAUUAAGUACCAAGUAUUUCGUAUACCAACUAAUGGCUUCUCAAAGAGUUAUGAGUUUGAUCAUCAUAAUACUUUCCUAUAUUCUUGUUACUGUUCCAUCAGCUGAACCCAGCUUGGAAACAGAGAUUGAGGCCUUGAAAGCCUUCAAGAACUCCAUCACCAAUGACCCACUUGGAGCACUUGCAGAUUGGAAGGGUGAACACAACCACUGCAACUGGUCCGGCAUUGCCUGCGAGCCCUCCUCAAGUCGUGUCAUUUCAAUUUCCCUGGCUGGCAGACAACUCGAAGGCGAGAUAUCCCCAUUCCUCGGCAACAUUUCAGGCCUCCAGGUUCUUGAUUUAUCUCAAAACUCAUUCACAGGGCACAUUCCAGCUCAACUUGGAAUGUGUUCCCAGCUCUCUGAGCUAUCUCUGUAUCAAAAUUCUCUUUCUGGGCAUAUUCCAUCAGAAUUAGGAAACCUGAUAAAUCUGCAAUAUUUAGAUUUAGGUGAAAAUUUUCUAACUGGAAGCAUCCCUGAGAGCAUUUGCAACUGCACUUCCUUGUUAGGUUUUGCUGUCAAUUUUAACAAUCUUACUGGCACAAUCCCAUCAAACAUUGGGAGUUUAACCAAUCUUCAGAUAUUUUUAGCAUAUGGCAACAUGUUGGUAGGUUCAAUUCCUCCUUCCAUUGGGAAGUUAGGAUCUUUGCAAAGUCUUAGCUUGAGCCAGAACAAGUUGUCUGGAGUAAUUCCCUCCGAGAUCGGAAAUCUGUCAAACUUGGAAUAUUUGAUUCUGUAUGAGAAUUCUUUACAUGGGGAAAUCCCACGUGAACUUGGUCUGUGUAAGAAACUUGUUAGUCUUCAACUAAGUACCAACCAGUUAACUGGGGGCAUUCCUUCUGAACUUGGUAAUUUGGUCCACCUAGAAAUCUUGCUGUUGUACGGAAAUAGGCUAAGUUUGACCAUCCCGUUUUCCUUGUUUCGACUAAAUUCCUUGACUCGUUUAGGUCUCUCACAGAAUGAGUUAACUGGAAAUCUGCCAUCUGAGCUUGGAUAUUUAAAAUCCUUAAAAGUGUUGACACUGCAUUCCAAUAGGUUUGGAGGGAAGAUACCUUCUUCAGUAACAAACUUGACAAAUCUGACUUAUUUGAGCUUGAGUUCCAAUUUUCUCUCAGGUGAGCUUCCAUCAAAUAUAGGAUUGCUUUAUAAUCUUAAGAACUUGAGCGUCAAUAAUAACCUCCUUGAGGGAUCCAUUCCAUCUAGUAUCACAAACUGUACCCGGCUUUUGGGAAUAGAUUUGGCACUUAAUGGAAUAACUGGGAAAAUUCCUCAGGGUUUGGGGAAUUUGCCAAACCUGACUUAUCUGCUCUUGGGAUCCAAUCAAAUGUUUGGAGAAAUCCCAGAUGACCUCUUCAAUUGCUCAAAUCUUCAGAAGUUGGAGUUGUCAAUGAAUAACUUUAGUGGGUCCCUAAAACCAGGCAUUGGCAAGCUCAUCAAUCUCCAGCUUUUCUUAGUCAAAUCAAACUCCUUUGUAGGACAAAUUCCUCCCGACAUCGGGAAUUUAAGCAGUCUUGUUAUCCUUGCACUCUCCGAGAAUAGGUUUUCAGGUCUAGUUCCACCAGAGUUGUUUAAACUCACUCAACUCCAAGGACUCGACCUGCAUGACAAUGCUUUAGAAGGAAUCAUACCGGAGAAAUUUUCUGAAUUGAAACAACUUACUGAACUUCAUUUGCAUCGCAACAGAUUCACAGGUCCUAUUCCGGAUGCCAUCUCAAAACUUGAGUGGCUUUCAUUCUUGGAUCUCCAUGGAAACAUGCUCAAUGGAUCAAUUCCAAGAAGCAUGGGACGCCGCAGUCAACUUACAACCUUGGACCUCUCUCACAAUCAUCUCUCGGGACCGAUUACUGGGUCUCUGAUUGCAAGUAUACAAGAAGUGCAAAUAUAUCUGAACCUUUCAUCCAAUCACUUGGAGGGAGCUCUCCCAAAUGAGCUUGGAAUGUUGGGAAUGGUACAAGAAAUUGACAUUUCCAAUAACAAGCUUAGCGGAAUCAUUCCCAAGGCGAUCAAAGGAUGCAGCAAUCUAGUCUCCCUUAAUUUGUCAAGGAACAAUCUCACAGGCCCAGUUCCAGCUGAAGCUCUUGCUGGAAUGGGCAUGCUCACAAACCUGGACCUCUCGAGUAAUAAAUUAGAUGGUGAACUGCCUGAAGAGUUGGCCAAUAUAAAGCACCUGAGGUCCCUUGACCUUUCUCAUAAUCAGCUGAAGGGCAUCAUGCCACAUAGCCUUUCCAACUUAUCUACCUUGAAACACCUGAACCUCUCUUAUAACCAGCUUGAGGGCCGUGUUCCAGAAACCGGAAUUUUCAAGAGCCUAAACGUGUCGAGCUUAGAAGGCAAUCCAAAUCUUUGUGGAGCCAGACUUCCGAAAGCAUGCAGCAAGACAAGUUCACACCGGUUAUCAAAGAAAACUAUGUUGAUUCUCGUUGCACUUGGAUCUGUUUCUGUACUUUUAGUUCUGGUUUUAACUGUUCUAGUCCUCGUCCGACGCACAAAAAAGAGUAAAGCGGAGAAAGAUGAAAGUCUGGAACCAGAUUACGCUUUGGCCUUGCCCCUCAAGAGGUAUGAUCCGAAGGAUUUAGAACUUGCUACAAGUUUCUUCAGUGAAGAUACUGUCAUAGGUUCCAGCAGUUUGAGCACCGUGUACAAGGGUCGAUUGGAAGAUGGCCAGACUGCAGCAAUAAAGAGAUUGAACCUGAAGCAGUUCCCUGCAGAGUCGGAUAAGUCCUUCAACAGGGAAAUCAAGACCCUUGGCCAGCUGAGGCAGAGGAAUCUGGUGAAGAUACUUGGGUAUGCUUGGGAAAGUGGAAAGUUGAAGGCCUUAGUUCUUGAAUACAUGGAAAAUGGGAACUUGGAUGGUGUUAUACACAACGACCGAGUGGAUCAGUCAAGAUGGACGCUAUCUGAGAGAAUCAAUGUUUGUGCUUCAAUUGCUAACGGUUUGGACUACUUGCAUUUUGGCUAUGAUUUCCCCAUUGUUCACUGUGAUCUAAAACCUUCAAACAUUUUGUUGGAUGGUGAUUGGGUGGCCCACGUGAGUGAUUUUGGGACAGCUCGAAUGCUUGGUGUUCAUCAGCAGAAUGGAAGUAGCCUUUCUUCAUCAUCAGCUUUUGAUGGCACAGUUGGAUACUUGGCACCAGAGUUUGCAUACAUGAGCAAAGUCACAACAAAGGUGGACGUGUUCAGCUUCGGUGUGAUUGUGAUGGAGUUCCUGACAAAGCAAAGACCAACAGGACUCAUAGAAGACGAAGGGAUGCCCAUCAGCCUGCGCCAACUGGUGGAGAGAGCACUAGAAAAUGGCACAGGUAGGCUACUUCAAAUUCUGGACCCUGUACUAGUUCUAAACGUCUCCAAAAACCAGGAGGAAGUACUGGAAGAGCUGCUUAAACUUGCCUUGUUCUGCACCAAUCCGACUCCAGAGAACCGUCCCAACAUGAAAGCUGUGUUGUCAACACUUUUGAAACUAAAAGGGAUAGACUAAAUACUUGAAAUAAAGACUAUUCUCACAAGAACAUGUCAUAAGGUGGAAUCGAUUUAUAAUAUUGCACUUCUUUUUAUCUGAGAUUCCAGUUUCAAGAGGACUCCCUGAUAACCUAUCAUUCUUCCUUUGAAGCCAAGAUUUGAGCUUGGUGCUCAUAGCUUAGCUGCAGAGAAAAAGAGAUGAGAACAUUUUGUAGAACCCACCUUGUAAUAUUAUCAAUGGUCAAUGAGCAUUGGAAUCUUAAAUGCA